AUGGCGACACCUGAGGAGCUCGCUGAGCUCUCUGAAGCCCGUAGAGAGUUGGCCGCUACGCGCCGUUCCCUCCGGGAUACUCGCGAGGCUCUCAACAACAUCAUCUCCGACGAGAAGGAUGAUACUCAGCAGCUUAUGAGCGACCUCGCGUCCAAGGAGGCCA